CAGGAUGAUCUACGACUUCUCUUUAAUGCUUAUAAGGUAGCAUUCGGGUUUCUUGAUGCUGUUGGACAAAGUGAAAGCAAGCUGGCGCAAGCGGCUAGAGAAGCAAGCUUUGAAGAUGAAAUUUUGGAAGAGGUUCGGAGAGCAGCUUUGGAAGAUGAACUCUCGGAUGAAGCCAGAGAAACAGGCUUUAACAUUGACCCAGAUAAACUUGCAUCAAUGGUCCGUAACCAUGAAAUCAAGUCCUUGAGAUUAUUCAGAGGAGUUGAAGGACUUGCAAGCAGAGUAAAAGUCUCAUUGAAUGAAGGAGUCAAAACAAGUGAUGUGGCUAUCAGGCAGAAGUUCUAUGGCUUUAACAGAUAUAGUGAGAAACCUUCUAGAGGUUUUUGGAUGUUUGUGUGGGAUGCUUUGCAGGAUUUAACUCUUACUAUUUAUAUGGUCUGUGCUGUGGUUUCAGUAGUGUUGGGACUUGCCACUAAAGGAUGGCCAAAGGGAAUGUAUGAUGGGUUGGGAAUUGUACUUAGCAUAUUCUUGGUGAUCCUUGUUACUGCAGUCAGUGACUACAAGCAAUCCUUGCAAUUUCAGAAAAGGAUAUUUAUUAAGGUUACCAGAGAUAAGCUUACGGAAAAGGCCUCCAUAUAUGACUUGGUUGUUGGAGAUGUCGUUCAUUUAUCCACGGGAGACCAAGUUCCAGCUGAUGGGAUAUUAAUUUCAGGACUCAACUUGUUGGUUGAUGAGUCCAGCUUGUCAGGCAAGAGUGUGCCAAUAAAUAAACACAAAACAAACCCUUUUCUUCUUGCUGGAACCAAAGUGCAAGAUGGGUCAGGUAAGAUGCUGGUAACAACUGUUGGUGUGAGAACUGAAUGGGGUAAACUGAUGGUGACUCUAAGUGAAGGUGGAGAAGAUGAUACCCUACUGCAGGGGAAGCUGAAUGGUAUUGCUACAAAUAUUGGUAAACUUGGAUUGGUUUUUGCUGUGCUGACAUUUACGGUGCUAACAGUGAGAUUCCUGGUAGAGAAAGCACUUCACAAAAAAUUCAGAGAUUGGUCUUCCAGGGAUGCACUGACAAUUUUAAACUACUUUACUGGUACGGUAGCCCCAGAAGGACUCCCACUGGCAGUGACACUAACCAUUGCCUUUGCAAUGAAAAAAUUGAUGAAUGAGAAGGCAAUCAAUAGGCUUCUCUGUGCAUCUGAGACGAUGGGUUCUGAAUGUAGCAAACCAGAAGUUUGCAGCAAAACUCCUGAGUACCUGAAGGAAAUGGUACCAACAAUGUAUGAAGAAAUACCUGCAAUGGCUUGGUCUUCACCUAUGGACCAGCACACUUUGGUAACCCACUCGAGGAAUACAUUUCAAGAAGUUGAUGGAGUUACUAGUGAUGGGACCAAUGAUGCUCCUGCUGUGCAUGAAGCAGACAUUGGACUCGCUAGGGACAUAGGAGGAACAGAGGAUGCAAAAGAAAAUGCUGAUGUCGUGGAUGCCAAUUCUACCACCAGAGUGGAAGUAGGUAAAUGGGGACCUGCUGUAUAUGCAAAUAUUCAGAAGUUUGUGCAGUUCCAGUUAACUGUCAACGUUGUCGCUCUCAUGAUCAAUUUUCUUUCUGCCUGCAUCUCAGGUGGGUUGGUCGAGUUGGCUUUCUCGUUCCUGCAAUACUUACCACCAAACAUCAUCAUCAUCAUCUUCUUCUUUGUAAUUUUCAGGAUCUGGACCCCUUACAGUUGUGCAGCUGCUAUGGGUCAAUCUGAUCAUGGAUACACUAGGUGCAUUGGCACUGGCUACCCCACCACCGAAUGA